GCGGAUUCGAUUCACGGCAGACAAGCCAUUUUCUCUCUCAAGUCUCGCGGUUGUAUGGCGUACAAACAAAAAUUUACGAUAGCUGAUGAAAAAUGUUCAAAACUGCGGUAAAAAAGUGAUCAAAGUCGUGUAAAUCUUGUUUGUAUUAUAGGGUAUAGUUUGCAAACUGUUGUUUAAUAGGAAUUAACCGGAAGUAAUUUGGAUCGGUCGAGAAAAAGUAAUUCAAAGUGUGCCUGAAGUUUCUUAGUGUGGUUCAGGAUAUUGAACGCCAGCCUGCUCUGUUCUUCGACUUGGCGUAUCGCAUACACAUGCUCAGCAGGUACGAAGCGACGGUCGACGACGACUGCUGCUGCAGUUCUACUUCAUUGUCCUGCCCAGUGUCGUGGUGAAUGGACUGUUAUUUAGUGCCUGUACAGAACGGUACAGCGCACAAAAGCAAACGCAAAGUUCUUCGGAAAAAGGAUCCAUUGGGCGUUACAGAUCCUACGUGUUUGUGGUAGUUUUUGCUUUCGAGUAUUUUAGCUGAUGGUGUUUCCGUGUGUGUUUCCACUUCGGUUUCUGUUCACGUACCGUCGUAGAUAGGCACUGUGUAUAGUGCUGCAAAAUUUUGAACGAUCAAGACUGCAAAAUGGAUACUGCCCAAACCAGUGAAGAAAGUGUUGCAGUGCACGGCCAGUUGGAAGAAAAAAUCUGCCGAUUAUGUUGUUCGGAAGACCAACGGGUGUUGGAGUUGAUCUUCCCGGAAGGUUCGUCAAGUGAAACAAACAAAUUAUUGCUCAAAAAGAUCUUCGAAUGCACCACAGUACAGAUCACCAACGAGGGGGACGAUCAGAACGCCCUGAUUUGUCGGGGUUGUGUUGACAAAAUUGACGACUUCUUUGCAUAUCGAGAGCAAUGCAAGGAGAAUGAUGACCGCAUUCGACAGCGAACACAUAAUUCAUCACAAAUUCGCAUUAAACAGGAGAAAGACCUUCAUCUGGACAUCAGCAUCAACGAAUCAAAUCUGGCCUGUGAGGAUGAAUUUCUACUGGAAGAAUCUUCACAACCUAGGCCUGCUUCCUACUCGACGACGACAGCGAACGAGUUUCAGCCUGGUUCCGAAAUUGAGUCCAUCAGCAAAGAUGGCGAUGAUAGUUUGCUUCAGCCAAUGUCAACACGGUCACAAGACACUCCCUCACAGCUAAAUCAUACGACGGAUGAGAUAACUAUUAAACGGGAAGCGAUAGUGGAUGAUGAUGAUGUGUAUUACAACAGUGACGGCGAAGUUGCGGAUGUAUCGUCAUCCUCUAAGCCACAGCACCAGAAGAUACAGGAGAAUCAGAUCGGUGUUCCGGGUAGUAGCGGUCAGAAAGCUCAGUACCGCAUCGUUAUGAAUGCAAAUAAUCGAGAACGGUUGGUUUAUCAGGGAUAUCUGUACUGUCGUCACUUCUCCAGACGUGAUGGCUCCAUUCACUGGAGAUGCCGACUUGGUGGAUGUCAGGCAGCAGUCAAUUUAUAUUUGGAUGGCAGUAUCACCCAUGCCAAUGGCAAUGCACAUUGUCACGCCCAGAAUGGGUUAGACGAUGAUGUUACUUUGGGACACUCUAUCCCUGACGAUGAAGAAGUAGCCGUUGUUGACGUAGAUGCUUCGUGUGAACAGUUUGGAGAGGAAGAUAUGGCACAAGAAGAUAUGAACGACUCUGAACCCGUCGCAGUCAGCGCUGACAGUCUACAGAUAGUUCCAAACAAGAAGAAAGGAGAAACGUUAGUUCACUUGGGUUUCAAAUAUUGUAAACGUUACCUAAAAAUGGAUGGAUCGACGUUCUGGAAGUGUCGCUCCAAUAAUAACAAAUGCUCAGCUGGCGUUUACGUGUAUCCAGAUUCAAGAGUCAAAUAUCAUGGCAUUCACAAUCACGAAAAAGUGGUUGAUGGACAGGAGAAUGAACUAGACAAUUCGAUGGAAGAUGAAGUCGAUCAGCCUUACAUGAUCAUUGAGGAUGUUGAAGACGAUGAUGAUCAGGAGGAAGAUACUGACGAUAUGGCAACGUUACUGACGAACAGCCUUGAAGUGAUGAUGCCCGCAGAUCAAAAGCAAGUUAAGAAAAAUUACGAAAUAACUACCAAUGUUAAGGGUCGAGAAUGUCUAAUUUACGAGGGCCACCAGUACAGCAAAGAUAGAGAACGAGUCGAUGGUGCCGUAUUUUGGCGCUGUCGUAGAAACUAUGACAAGUGUCGUGCGAUGGCCAUCGUUUAUCGAAACGGCAAAGUUGAGAAAUGCGGCGAGCAUUUCCAUGAAACUGAUAAACGCUAUCUCGAGCGACAGGAGCUAGGUAAUGGUAGUCGGAUGUACCGCAUAACGAAAAAUCAAAGAGGAAAUGAUGCUCUGGUCUUCGAAGGUCAUCGAUUUAGCAAGGAAUGGUCUCGGGUUAACGGUUCCAUCAUAUGGCGUUGUUCGUAUAAAAGUGGUAUAUGUAAGAUGAAAGUUGUUCUUAACGCCGAUGGGUUUGUCCAUCAUAUGGGAGCAGAUCACGAUCAUGAUCAUGAAAAAACGGAAUCACCCGUCACGGAAGAGUAUGCGGCUGAUGAAGUCGUUGAGGUAGCCGAAGAUUCGUUAAUAACACCGGUACGCAGUCAACAGAAAUUGGUCACCCAACCUGCGCCUGUUUCCUGUCCGAAUUUCACACCUGAACAACAAGCUGCAGGUGGUUAUCGUAUUGUUAAGAACCGUAAAGGUUUUGAGGCGCUGGUUCAUGAUGGAUACCGAUACUGCAAAGUGCGAGUUCGACAGGAUGGUUCGGUUAAAUGGCUGUGCAAAAUGAAUAAGAAAACAUGCCGGGCGGCCGUGGAUUUGUUCCCAGAUGGAACGGUUGCCAAGGCCAGCGAGUACGACCAUAACCACGAACGUCCAACGGAUAUGGAUACGAUGGAAGAAGAAGAAGAUGUAGAAACUUCUGGAUUUGAAACAAGUUAUCCCAUAGAUCCCGAAGUUUUUGGUAAUAGCCAGUGGUAUUAUGUUAAAAACAGUAAGAAUGGUAUUAGUAUGAUUCACGCCGGUUACCGAUACACCAAAAAGUGUGAUCGCGUUGAUGGUACGUCACUUUGGCGCUGUUCUGCGUCUCAGAGAGGAUGUAAGGCAGGUGUCAUAUUAUUCCCCAACGACACACUCGCAAUGGUUGAAAAUGCCGAACAUUCGCACAAACCGUAUGAAAGUGUCAAACCGACGGAAGUCGAAAGUGAAAUGUUGGAGGCUAAAAAAUCCGACGUAAUUGAAAUCAAUGAACCAGACGAGACAAUGAAUGAUUCCGAAAUGACUAUGCACUCGUUGUUGCAAACAGUACUUGGUGGAGACGAAGUGCCCUGGAUGGGUGGGGAAACGGAAAACGAACCAGCAUCCGAGUCCGUCUGGUUUAACAGCUCCACCGAUCGACCUUAUCCACGCCCCACUGGUCCGCCGAAUUUCCGAAUUAUCAAGAAUCGACGUAAUACGGACAGUUUAGUUCACCGUGGAUACCGGUACUGCAAAAUUCGAGAUAGGCAGGAUGGUUCGAUUUUGUGGUCUUGCCAAAUGAACAAGAAAACAUGUAAGGCUUCGGUCAACCUUACGACAGAUGGUCGCGUGGAAGUUAUCAACGGGAAGCACAAUCAUCAGCAAACUGAUGUAGAUGACAUCGAGGAGACGCCAGCGGUGGAGACUGUCGCGGAUUCAGGAUCCGAUGUUGAACUCACCGUCGAAGAACCAGCAGAAACGAAGCCACCGGUUCAACCCGGUAAGCAUCCAGACUACUAUUAUAGCAUGAAUAAGAGCAACCGCGAAUGUUUGAUCCAUAAGAGUUAUCGUUUCUGCAAACGAAACGACCGUCCCGAUGGAUCAACUGUGUGGCGCUGUUCCAUGGGAGGGAACACGUGCAUGGUGGUUGUUACAAUACAUGCAGAUGGCACACCGGAACAGAAUUCCAUCGUACACAACCAUAGACCUUUAGACGAUCUGCCACCGGAGAUAGAAAGAGUGGCUAAACCACCCGUUGCAGCACCUGUCGACAAUGAGGCUAAUGAAGUUACAGCAUACAACAGACAAGGCGAUAUGUUGGAGUGGAAGGGAUUCCACUAUCGUAAGAUUAAAGAGCUUCCGGACAGUUGUAUUAUCUGGAUUUGCAAAGUAGAUAGCUGCCGAGUUGCGGUGAAGAUGCUUCCAAACAACCAACUAAAGAUGCUCAGUGAAUCAGAACAUAAUCAUACUGCUCCUGGGCAACUGUCUUCGAGUUCUUCCGCUGUGCUACCUGCCAAAUCUACGUCUAACGUGUCUUCUCCUGGAGGGAAAACACGUAGUUAUCGACUUUUCAAAAACAACCGUGGACAAAUGACGCUACUGUACAAGGGUUUCAGAUAUUCUAUUCGCAACCGCAACCAAGAUGGAAGCUCGACAUGGAAAUGUCGUGCCAAUGCUACCUGCCGCGUCAUCAUUCACCUGAUGACCGAUGAUCGCAUCGUACCUGGGAGCAGUCAAGUAGAUCAUAAUCACGAACCGAAUUUUGAAACGCCCAAACCGGCAGAUCCGGCUGCACAAACUCGUGUGAACCCUCUUUACGAUUACUUAAAUAUUAUACCAGGGGGAAGCAGCACGCAACAACAGCCAUCACAACCACCUGUUCAAGCAACAGAGGACCAAACGGAUACAUCACAAAAUGCACAACCGUCAUCGUCAGAUUCCAAUACUUUUGGAAGAAACGUUAUCGAGCACAAGGGAUAUUACUAUCGAUUGGUUGUGCGAAAGAAAAAUGGUCGCGAGUACUGGCGUUGUGUACAUUUCAAAACCCGCGCAUGCCGUGCUGCUCUCUUCUGUCGAGAUAAUGGAACGAUUGUUACCUCCAGCAAUGGCAAGGAACAUUCCCACAGUGGAGGAGCAAAUGGUAAACCGUUGCCUUCCAUGGCAGGUUCGUCAAAUGGGUUCAAGGUUAAGCCUGCCACAUCUGGAUUGCUACUGGCUAGAUCGUUGGCUCAACCAUCGCCUCCAGAAGAAGUUUCACUGGCACACGGGGACGAGGAACGGUACAUUGAUCACGGCGAUUAUGUUAUUGCUAAAAAUCGAAAGGAUCAGAACACUCUCAUUUUCAAAGAUCGCCGUUACUACCUGUCAUACAACCGAAGUGAUGGAUCGGCAGUCUGGCGCUGUGCCCAUCGCAAACGGUACAAAUGCUAUGCAUAUGUUAGAUUACGCCCGGAUGGACGCUUGCUCAGUACAGGAGAACAUGAACACUCGCAUUCGCUGAAUAACUCUGAUCAAACAGGAUCACCGGAAGCAAAAGAAACCAAGAAUUACAAGAUUGUUAAGAAUCGUGUUGGGAACGACAUUCUAAUACACGACAAUCACCGAUUCCGCUUAAAUUACCAAAGAAACGACGGAACUACGCACUGGAGAUGUAUUUGGGCAAGAAGUAAUCAUUGUUCCGCUGGUGUUUAUCUGCUAAUCAAUGGUGUUCUCAAGAACGCGGCUAACGAGGCACAAAUCAUCCAUAAUCAUCCGCCACCGGGUCAGGUGAAGAAAGCAGUCGCUGCCAAUGUCGAUACGCAAUCGCAUGGUGCACAUCAGACCUCUUCCAAGUCCCAGCAUGAGACGGAUGAGCGCAUCCGUACGAUUCCUGAAACCGACGGAAUAACUGAUUACAAGUUUAUUGAAGAAGGCUCCAACAAGAUACUUGUUUGUCGAGGCUAUCGCUAUUGGUACACGUGGAUUCGUAAGGAUGGAAGCAUCUACUAUCGAUGCGCUGAGGUGAAAAGGCUUCAAUGUCCUAUGGGAACGUUACUACUGUCCAACGGAAAGCUUGUACGUGCAAACGAACACUGCCACAACCAUAAUCCUAACCACGUAGAAACCGAAGAAGAAUUUCUAGGGUUCCCGGCGGAGGCUAAGUCGGCAGAUGUUUCGCAGCAGGAAGAACAACUGGAACAGCAUCCUCCGCUCCCGAUUCCUCCAGACGGUGAUGCUGAUUAUAAAAUAGUAAAAACAUCUCGGGGAGAAUCUUUAAUCUACAGAGGGUACCGCUACUGGGCAAAAAAUCGGCUAGCAAAUGGAAUCGUUUCCCUUUGCUGUACUCGCAAAAAGAUGAAAAAAUGUCCGGCGAUGCUGCGUUUACUAACAAACGGCCGAAUAAUAGAUCCUAUUGGUGCCGGACAUACACAUUCGCCGAAUAUCGAAAGUAGUGGUUCGCUGGAUAUCUCAAUGCAACCAGUUCCGAUGCCAGUUGCACCGACAGUACCAAAGCCUGCAGUCGUGAGGGAAUCAGUCAAGGUAAAAGAAACACCACAAUCAACGCCGAAACUACCACCGUUAUCGUUCAACGAGGAAUCUGAGGAUGAUGCCGAACAGGGUGACGAAUCACUCAUUGGUUCUAGAAGAUAUGUAUUCAUGAAAAGCUCAUCGCAACGAAAUUUCAUUGUUUUCGAAGGCUUUGUGUACGAUUUUGAACACAAGCAGCAUGAUGGUUGCGUAUUUUAUCGGUGCAAAACCAAUGAAGCCUGUUCAGCAUCGCUAAUGUUGCUAACAAAUGGUCGAGUGAUGAACCUAGACGACUCACUGCAUAUUCAUGAAAAACCCGACCUGAAAAAUCUACGACCAGUGGGACGCGGAUCGAAGGAAUUCAAGAUUGUACAAAACAAAAAUGGGAGCAACAUUUUAGUACAUCGUGGCCAUCGGUAUACGACCCCACGGGCAAAGACAGAUGGUGCUGGUAUCUGGUACUGUCAUACGUAUGUGCCGUCCCUCAACCGCCGUUGCUAUGUUCCGAUUGAAUUACUUCCAAACGGUCGAGUUGCUCCGGUUAGCGAAAAACAGCAUCAGCAUACAGCUCCAUUUAAAACGAAGCAGGAAUCAACACCUGCAGCUCCCGUGGUUGAAUCAAAAGACAAUAUUAGUCCAGUUAAAUCGGAACCAAUGAACGAUUCCGAGGGCAAAAGUGACAACCGAAUGUUAUUGUUGGGAGGUCACAGAUAUAACUAUGCCCACAAAAGAGACGAUGAUGCUGUACUUUGGAAAUGUGCUAAAAGCUCUUGCAAUGCAUCAAUGUAUCGCCUAACUGAUGGUCAGAUAGUGAAGGGCCCUGACCAUAAUCACGAAAAAAUGGAUACCUCUGACUCCGCCAAAAGCCACAAGCGUAAGCACGCUGAAGUCGAAACAAAGCCAAAUACUUCUAGUCCAACAAUCCCGGGGGACGAAUCCAAAGCAUCCUCAAUCUCGAAGGGAGACGCAGUUAAGAAAAAUCCUUACAUUGGUCAAGCGAUUACCCACAAAGGUUAUCGGUAUGUUUAUUAUUUAACCCGGCGAGACGGAUCCGAGCAUUGGCGGUGCUGUCGUCGCAUCCCAAUGAAAUGCCGAGGCGGUCUCUUCAAACAAGUUGAUGGCACACUGUCCCAAUCAAAUGAAGAAGGUCAUACGCAUCCGCCGGACAAUACUGAUUGCGAAGAUUCGUCACCAGUGGCAUAUUCAGCUCCAGAUGAAUCGUCUCAAGAUUCGAUUGACUCUACAGAGCAUGAUGAAUCCACUGGCGAACAGACUUCUUACUUGGAUGAUGAGGGUUCCUAUGACUAUGAGUUAGUGGAUGUGAAAGGCAAAAAACGAGGUUUUUACCUCAUCCACAAAGGAGCUAUGUUUGUAACUGGACAUACAAGACGCGAUCGAGCACGCUACUAUCGAUGCCGAACUGUAGGCUGUCGGGUAGCAAUGUUGUUGCACCGCAACGGAUUACUUGUACGAACAAACGAGCAUACACACGACUGCCAGAACGCUGUGAAGACUGAUGACGUCGAGAAGACUGGCGUAGAAGAGCAAAUGGAUGAACAAUCCGAGGAAGGCAGUACCAAAAGGCAGCGAUUGGAGGAAUCCGAUGUAGACGAGGAGUCACUGCUAGAACCAGUAGAUAAUGAUGGUCCACAUGACGAUCCAGUUACUAAUGGCAGCGAAUCAGCAGAUGUUGUUGUGGUUGAAGUCAAGGAGGAACCAGUUGAUGCACUGUAGGCUCGGCCGUACUAGAGAAGUGCAUUUGAAUUAUUGUAUGUAGAACAGUUGUUCUCCUUAUUUAAUAGUAUUAUAAGUAUUUAUCUAUUACCUUCUUAUAUCCUAACGUACACACAAAGUUGAUGUAAUUCAUGUAUUUGAACCUGUGAGCAGUAAUAGCAUAAAUGGACAAAGAAUAAAACAAAAUUCACAAACAA